UCUUCUCCAAGAUGUGUUGACUGUUUUCAGAUUUGUUUGUUUAGCUGUAAAUUUCUCAGUGAUGAAAUGGCAGAAAUAAUUGUUUUCUAAAAGUGAAACAAAGCUCUUUUGAUGAACACUCAGAAUUUGGAGCACUUUUAUGCAUGAAACUGAAACAAAUGGAAGAUGAGACUUUAGGAACAUAAAUCUCACCUGCUCAGUGUGGUAACUGAAUAGCUGCAACAUGUUUUGUCAGAGUUGAAGCUCUGACCUGUGCCUUCCUGCACCGUUCAGGAGGAAGGGGCACUGCUUGUUUUCCUGAUUGCUGCCCUCCACCUCAGAACUGAACUGCAUUGCAGGGGCUACAUGAAAUGAUUACAAUGAGAUCCAGGUUGCUGCUGGUACUUCUGCUUGUGAGCUUGUGUUCACCUGCACCUAGACUUUCGAAUAAGGACAUCUGCUUGUUAGAUAACAACAAAUUACAGCAAAGGUUAAAACUGCUCCAGGACUUGCUUCAGUUAUAUGAAUUACAACUGAAGGACAUCUUGGGGAACAACUAUCAUGGAACAAAGAGCAAGGUCUUCUCAGCCUCAAGAAGCAUGCAGCCUGAGAUACUAUUACCCACAACUAGUGGAAACUUGAUAGUCUAUGAUCAAGAUUGCUCUGCAGUGUUUAACAGCAGAAAAAUUGAAAAUGGAUACUACAGGAUCAGGCCCAGAGCAGACCGAGAACCUUUCUUGGUAUACUGUGACAUGUCUGAUGGAGGGGGAUGGACUGUAAUACAGCGACGCAGUAAUGGCAAAGAGAAUUUCAAUAGGAAAUGGGCGGAUUACAAACAAGGAUUUGGACAGUUCCAGGGCAAGAAUGAUGAAUACUGGCUAGGCAAUGAGCAUAUCUAUAACCUGCUGGUUAGAGAAGAAAACACAUUAAAAAUUGACCUGAUGGACUGGCAUGGAGAAAGGCGAUAUGCAAUCUACGAAAACUUCCAGAUCAAGAAUGAGCAGGACUAUUACAGGUUGUGGAUUGGCACCUAUUCUGGUAAUGCUGGUGAUGCUCUGUCUGGCGGGAGUAACUUUGAAGAGCAGUGGUCAGCAUCACUCAGUGGGAUGCCAUUCUCCACAGCAGACAAGGAUCAUGAUAGAUUCUUAGCAGGCAACUGUGCACAAGAGAACAAGUGUGGUUGGUGGUUUAACAGAUGCCAUGCAGCUAAUCUCAAUGGACAAUAUUACAAAAUGGGAAACUACACAGGACGCCAUGAUGAUGGAGUGGUUUGGUCAACCUGGCAUGGAUUGUGGUACUCCCUGAAAUACACAGCCAUGAAAAUUAGGUUUCCAUCCUUUGUCGAUGUAGGAAGUGGAAAUGGUGAAAGCAGGUAGGACAGCUAGAAUCCGCAUUGUUGGAGUGGAUCAAAAGGGUUUUAGAAAUCAAGGGACAGACCUUCAGAUGAUGUAAAUCAGCACAGCUGCACUGUAGUUAUUGGGGCUUGAUCAUUUUAUACCAGUUGACGAUACAUCCCCAGAGUACAAUAAUAUGCCGAUAGUAUGGUCUAAUGGAGGAUGGUAAGUGUCUCUCAUUCUUGUUAAAACCAAUGGAAACACCACAAGUUUGUUUUCAAAAGAUCUUUAAUGGAGAUGAAAGUACUUAGCACUUCACAGUAAGCUCUCUGCACCUUGUAGAAUCAGAUACUUACUCCUCUUAGCCAUUUGUAUCUUAGAACAGCCAUAUUCUUCUCACCUUGAUUUCAGAGGUCAGUGAAUGCGGUAAGUGGUAUAAGAACACAGAAACAAAAGAAUAAGGAUUUGGCCCUAAAGUUAUCAGCUAGAUCUAGGUCCAACAUUUAGAUUUUGCUUUGAAGUGGACUUUGCAAUGCCUAGUAUGAAUGCAAAUAUUCUGGGGAUUUUUUUAUUUCAGUUAUAGUUUGUUUAUUUAUAUGUUCUUGUCAAUGUUCUGUACCAGACUAUGUUGUGCUAGUGAAUGAGAUUUAGAAAGCUUUCUUCUAGUUGAUAGUUCACAUUCACUUCAUCAUAUUAGCCAAGUGAAAUCAGAAAAGUGUAUGGCACAAGUGAAUGAGAAUAGAAUAACAGCAAGGAAUGUAAAGCUAACUAUUGACUCUCUUCCAAUAAUUUAAGUUGUUAGUAACAAAAGAUUUGGGCUAGACACAGAUCCUUUAACCUCAAUGCUGUAAAAUGAACCUACGCUUUGUGUAUUACAAAAUAUGCUCUUUUAAACUAGUUGUUCUUUUCAAUUAUUUUAUUUUUCUUUUAGAUAAAUGCACACUGCAAUUUGUAUUAUAUUCAUAUACAUGUGAAUUAAAAUCAUUUGAAUGGAAAUAUACAUUGUUUCUGUUCUUAAACAACACUGAGAGACAGACAAAAAUUUGGCUGCAAAGUCAGAAAUGGUUUCAAGAGAUGAUGCUCCAAGGCAUUUCAUUCACACUUUUAUCUCUGGAUCUAGUAAAAUUUUUAGGGCCUGUAAGACAAGCUAAAUUUGAUUUAUUCAAGCAACAUUGGGAAAGCUGUAGAUCAUGGAUGUUCAGUGUCAAAUUUUACAUGCUCUGCUUCCUGAUAGCUCAUCUGCCUAAAGACAGAAGAAUCAAAUCUUGUUCUCCAUUACAUCUCUUUUUGAGUAGACAACACUUUGGUUACAAUGCUGAGUGAUAUCCAUUUAGUGAUAUCCAUUUUUGCUCCCACUGUGCUAGCACACCAGUGAGAAACAGCCACAGGGGCUGAAGCCUAAGAAGAAUGCAUGGAUGUCCUCAGUCCAAGCAGUAGCACGUAACUCAUGAGAAAUGAAAACACCUGUGUCUUUGGAAUAAGAAAUGUGCUGGUCAUCAGAGAGAGUGGAGUGGAGUCCAACACCAGAACUUCUUAUACUACUAUUCUGUUCUUCACACCAGUAAAGCCUUGCCAAAAGGCCAUAAUUAGGUACCUAGAGCAUUUUGUUACCUGAAGAGUUACCAGAAGAAAUUAGUGCUAACCUGAUGGCUCUUGCCAACCUGGAUUUAUCAUAGAGUACAACCACAUAACAGUGCAGCCCUUGACAUAAAAUCCAGUAGUAAUAAGGAAGCUU